GAAAGAAGGGCUGUUAAACUGUCAGGAACAGUAGAGCAACUAAGAGAAGAGGAGGAGUGGAGAGAGAUUUAGUUAGGGGAAGUGGGGAACUCUAGGAAGUGUGGUGAGGCAAGGAUGAGAAAAGAGAGAUCGAUGGAAAGAGGGAGGAUAGGUUUGUGGAUGGGGAGGUGAUCAUAGAUAGCCAAUGACAACAAGGCAGGAGAACUUUGAGGUAAAAGAAGAAAAUAAAAGAAGAAAAAGGGAAGAGAUAAUGAAGAGAUAAUGAAGAGAGGAUGAAGAGAGGAUGAAGAGAUAAUGCUUCAGAGCAGUAUAUCUCAGCGUGGAUCUAACAGAAAACUCCCUAUCUACAGAAUGAAAUAGAGGAGGAAGGGGGAAAGAGAGAGAGAUUUACUGGAAAGAAGAAAAGAGAGGGGGAUCUGUUGGUCAGAGGAAAAGAGAGAGGGAUCUACUGAACAGAGGAAAAAGCCACUUGGGAGAGGAAAAGAGGAAGGGAUCCAUUUGGCAAAGGAAAAGAGAGAGAUAGUGAUCGACUAGACAGAGGACAAAAGGUAAGGAACCCUGUAUAGAGGGGACUAGGUGACCUGAGGAAGAGAGCCACCAACUGUGUGUGUACUGUGUUUGUCUGUGUGUGUGCGCUUGCGUAGUGUGUGUUUGUUUGUGUGUGUGAGGACAGGACUACGCUCCACCCAGCAAGCCAGGCACGCUCUUAGUCUCAGGCAGCGUGUGUGUUUGUGUGUAUGAGUGUUCCAGCCAGGCAUGCUCCAGACAACAACAUGUUCUCCUAUUCAAAAUUGAAUGAUUUAUGUGUAUGAGAGUUCCUGUGGCUCACGCUCAGUGUGUGUAGGUGCGUGCGUGGUGUGUGUGUCUGAGUGAGUGUGUUUAUUGUGUUUGUGGGUGUCUGUGUUUAGUGAAUGUGUGUGUCUGUGUGUACUGUGUGUGUGCAUAGUGUGUGUGUGUGUGUUCCUGUGGCUCAGGCCAGGACGAGACAAGGCAGCGGCUCUAGACUCUGGCACCGUGCUUUGUAGAAGAAAAAUAGAAAGAGAGAAGGAAUAGUGGAGAGGAGGGGGGGGGAGAAAUAGUGAGAGAAGGAGUGACAGACUGUGGAGGAUAGAAGGAGGAGGAAAAAUCGAAGAGAACUGAGGAAAGAAAGAACAGCAACAACAAACAGAGGGAGGACUUUCAGAAGGAGAAAGUGAGAAAGGAAGAAAGAGAGAGAGAGAGAGUGAAGGAGAAAAGGAGAGGUUUUGAAGGAAGAAUGAAGGCGCUUCAGAAGAACCAGGGGCGGACAGACCAGAUGCUCGGUGCCAUGGCUGACAUGCUGACUUCCUUGGCAUUGCCCAAUCAACAGUGGCUUGCAGAGAACACUGACGCAGCAACAGAGCCACCAGUGAGCCAGGAGGAGAAGAGGGGGGCAGGAGGCCCACAACACUUGGACCCAGCUGGGCUAGAGGACUGGGAGCAGGGGUCCCCCUCACAAGACCACCUGGAGAGGAGAGGAGGAGGAAGAGACAGGGCAGACUCAUACUCAGCGGCGGGCAGCGAGGGUAGCAUCUCCACCUCCGUGGCAUCCCUGCCCCCGACCGUGACGGCGUCCGUUACCUCCGCCCCCAGCUCCCCGGGCUCGCGGCGUUCCGUCAGCACCCUGAAGAGGUGGCUGACCAAUCCUGUCCGCAAGCUCAGCGCCGGGGCCGUCAACAUCUCCACCAGCGCUAAGGGGGAGCGGCAGGUCAGGAAGUUGGAUGAGGGAAGCAAGCCGCCUCCUCCUAUUCCACCCCCUCGCCACAGUCACGACCUGGGCCUGGGAGGGCUGGGGCUGGGCAACCCCCUGGGAUCAGAGGACCACCUCAACACCAUACUACCCAUCACACACAAAGAGAUGGAGUGCAGGUAUAAUUUGGCCAGUCCUGAGGACCUCUCCCCAGCAACCCUAAACUCUCCCAGCUACCUGUCCGACUCACUACAAGGCUGUACUUCACUGGCCUACACACAGGAUACUCAGCCCACCAAUGUCUAUCCAGAUGACAACGGCUCAGUGUUGAUGGACGACACCUCCAGCCAAUCAUCAGCCGCAGCUGACAAUGAGGAGAGGAGGAGUGCCUUAGAAAAGAGCAUGUACGUACUGAAGGAACUCAUAGAGACAGAGAAACUGUAUGUGGAAGACCUGAGGUUCAUAGUAGAGGGCUACAUGGCCACUAUGAAUACCAAGGGCAUACCUGAGGACAUGAAGGGAAAAGACAAGAUUGUAUUUGGAAACAUUCACCAAAUGUUCGACUGGCAUAAAGACUACUUCCUGGGGGAACUGGAGAAGUGUAUAGCAGAACCAGAGAGACUGGCCCAACUUUUCAUAAAGCAUGAGAGGCGUCUCCAUAUGUACGUGGUGUAUUGUCAGAACAAACCCAAGUCAGAGCACAUCGUCUCUGAGUACAUUGAGACUUACUUUGAGGAGCUGAGGCAACAUCUGGGUCACAGGCUACAGCUGAACGACCUGCUGAUCAAACCAGUCCAGAGGAUCAUGAAGUACCAGCUGCUGCUCAAGGACUUCCUCAAGUAUUACACCAAAGCUGGGAUAGACACAGAAGAGCUGGAGAAAGCGGUAGAGGUGAUGUGCUUUGUGCCCAAACGCUGCAAUGACAUGAUGAACGUGGGACGUCUGCAGGGCUUCGAGGGUAAGAUCACGGCACAGGGGAAGCUGCUCCAGCAAGACACUUUCACGGUGGCGGAACAGGACAGCAGCUUCCUGUCCCGAGCCAAGGAGAGGCGGGUCUUCCUGUUUGAACAGCUGGUCAUCUUCAGCGAGCCAAUCGACAGGAAGAAAGGAUUCUCACUUCCUGGUUACACCUUCAAGAGCAGCAUCAAGGUGAGCAGUCUGGGGGUGGAGGCUCCGGUGGAGGGGGAGGCGGGCCGUUUGGUGCUGACCUCACGGGGGGCUGAUGGGAGUGUGGUGAGAUAUGUGCUGCAGGCUGCCUCCCCAGAGGUCUGCAGGGCCUGGGUCAACGAUGUGGGACAGAUCCUGGAGACCCAGAGGAACUUCCUCAACGCCCUCCAGUCUCCCAUCGAGUACCAGCGGAGGGAGAGUACCAACAAGUCCAACAGCCUGGGCCGGAGCAUGAGAGCCCCCCUGUCUGCGGCCCCCGGCCCCCUGCGCCCCCACUCCUCAGCCUCCAUCGACCGCCAGCGCCUGCCCUGGCUCCGGUCCUACAACACCUCCCUCCCCACCCUCUACCUGCCCAGCCAGGGGGGUCAGGGAACGGGCCUCCAGGGCUCCGCUGAGACACACACACCCCAGGAGUCUCCUCUGGUCAGUAGGAACAACCAGACAACAGUCUUGCCAUCUCACGUCCAGCUGGCUUUCACUGACCAGUCUGGUCUGUCUCACUACUCCCAGACCCAGACCCCACUGCAGUGCCAAGAAGUGUCCAAUGGGCUGCAUAACACACAGCAGACAGCAGGAGAGGGCUGCAGUACCAGGGGCCUGCCUGGUGAGGCUGGACCUCCUCCUGUAUCUGUCUCUGGUCCAUUGGCUGGCAAGCGCUCCAGCAACCUGGCCCAGCUCAAUGAAGAUGACCUAUGAACCCUGACCCCUAGGAGGAAGGAGGGUCACGGACCGCCACAGCUACAGAGAGAAGCAGGAGGACCUCAUCUAGGCCUACCAUAUGUUGAUGCUAUUGUAACUUAAGGGUCCUUUUGAAGGUGGAUGGGUGCUUCUGUAAGGAGCAAGCACUAGAUGGAGACUGCUUUUCCAGGCUGUUACAGCUGCUUUUUCAGACUGUUACCGGGCGGUUCACCGACAUUCUGAGAAAAAUAAACCAUGAUUCUAAUGGAAUAUACAGUAUGCGCCGUUCAUCUGAUUUUUUGAGCGAUGUGAUUUGAGGUUGAAGACGUGCCUCUAAGUGGCACCACUAAUGUGUAGCACCCAGCUAGAUGUUGCAGUGGCUGAGGUUAUGAAGAAUACUUAAUGGACAUCAGGUAUUAUGGUGACUUUGCUUGUUUUAUUAUGGUGACUUUGCUUGUUUUAUUUUUCAUUUUUGAGAAUUUCUACACAGUAUCUAUUGUACUGUCUAUCUGAGGGCCGUAGGAUUUGUUAAAAGGAAGAAAAGAAAUGUCCAUUCCUGAUUGAGGAGGUCACUGGAGAAGUGUGAGUGAGUGCCCGUGCUGCAUGCGUUUGUGUGUACGUAUGUGAGUAAAAUGCGUCCGUGUGUGUGUGUGUAAAUAUGUGCGUAAAUUGAGUGUGUUUGUGUGUGUGUGUGUGUGUGUGUGUGCAGGAUUGGCGGCUGCUCUUCUUGUAAACAUGCUGAUAAAAGCAUGUGGAGUGAUCGUGGACCUACUUUUCUUUCUACUUUCGUUCUACUUUUCUCUCACCCUGCUGGAUUCUUACGAGGCCCCUUUAUAAAAGACAGCUAUUUCUAUUUUCAGGCAAUGUUUAAACAUUAAGUCAUUCCUCCACUGAACGUAGUCUACAGUGCGAUAUCUUGCUGUAGACACUGAGGAGAGAGGAGGGCAUAACAGCAAAUACAUUUGUUCUGUAUAUAUGUAGAACAUUGGAUUCAUCUCUCAUAGGACAUAUUUUUUCUGCUCCUACCGCAGUAUUUCAAAAGGAUGAGAAUGAGAGAACUCUCCCAUGUUCUCUUAUUCUGUUUGACCGAAGUUGGCGCUUGUUUGAUCUGGAGAUUCCAGACUAAAAAUGGGCGAGGGAGCCCCCUGGAGGCACUCUGCAGGCAUGACGUCACUCUAGUGUCACUUCAGACUUAAUGGUCUUCCCUUGAUUCCUUGUGUUCUCUGCUCCCAUCCUUUCUCUGUCUAUUUCUCUAAAAGUCAGAGGGAAGUCAGGACAGGAUUAUAUUUGGAGAGAAGAUACGGGGAGAGGACGGGGGGAGAGGACACAAGGAAUCGAGGAAAGACUAUUGAGAUGUGGCCAGAGUAAUGGCCAUGCCAUAGCCAGUCUGACGGGAAUGCUUGGGGACGGAGACCGACUGAUAUUUCAAACAUAUGUUUUCUUGACAACAGGAGACAUGAAGGGGUUGUAUUGUAAUGUGGUAAGGUGUCACACAGUCUGUCAAUGAAGUCCAAUGAUGAUGUGCCACAGCCUUCUGCUGUAUUCAAUGAUCUCUACUGGCUUUUUCUACUCCAGCACAAUACUACACACCAUACACCUGGCUCAGGCUUACAUCUCUGGUUCUUAGAUAAAGGAUAGCAGUUUAGAGACUGUUAACUACUUGGGUUGUUGUAUCAGUUGACAAUAUUGAUGUAAAGUGCUGCAUCUGCAUGCUCUGUACACAUCAAAGUGAGACUUUUGCCAAAGGCAGGUGCUUUUAGAACUUCAAAUACUUCCGUUCAUAUUGCUACUAUAAUAUAUUACCAACUGUUGUUUUUUACACAUCAAAUCAAAUAAAUGUAGUUGUGAUUUGUUUAUUUCAAUGCCCAACCUUUCAUCUUCUGAAUCAAAGGAAAUUACUGUAAAAAGAGAAGAGAAAGGAGAGAUUAUUCAGCUCUAGGUGAAUUCUUCUCUAUGACCAGUAGAGGUCAGUGUAAGGCUUUCACAUACAGAUAGCAGUCUGAUUAGAGAUUAGACUGCUGCAUCAAACAAAGAUCAAUGUAUUCGAGUUCCAAUGACCCCUCUAGCUAAAUCUGCUUGAAAUAUAAGCCCUGAGAAAAUUACAGUGAAUGUUUGAAUUCAGAACAUAAAAGUUUGGUCCAAAACUCCAUCUCAACUCCCCAGUGCUCGUGGACUAAGGGGUGCCGUUUGUAAAAUUGUACAGUCGUAUUUCGGUGGCUUAUUGCUCCGGCAUUUUGUGCAUGUUACUUAAAUAUGAAGGAAUACCAUUACAGAAAUGAAGAUACACUAAAUGAAAUAGCAGGAAAAGGGGUUAUAAUGAUGCCAUGUUUGACUGAAUAGAAUCGGUUGUAUUAUAUCAAAUAAAAAGUAUUUUGA